AAAAGUCACAUGGUUCCCCUGAUGACGUAGAAGUAAAUAGAACCAAAAUAUCAACAAAGUGUCGUGACAGCUUGCACAAUAUAGACUGAACUGCGCCAUCAAUUAAACGUCUCUCGAGACAGAGGAAAUGGCGACUAUUUCCAAACAAGAAGAAUUUCAGGAUUCGUGGGUGGAUCUGGAAUCCAGUAGUCAGUCCACUGGUACACUCCAUUCUAUCCACGAUGGAAACUCGGAGGUGGAGAAGUUGUUGAUCGAGGCUCAGAAAGAAUCACGGACCCCUUCCCGAGCCAACAGCAAGGAAUCUUCUGCUCAAGGAAGCCCGAAGAGUCCUCACAGUCCAAACAAUGAACUUCAGGAGUCCAGGGACCCCGGAACAGAAUGGAUAUGGGACUGGUCAAGUCGGCCAGAGGCUAAUCCUCCUAUAGAAUGGAAGGAGCGAUUUAAGCGGCCAGUAACCAGUGUGAGGAACACCCGAGUCAUGAAGAACACCUUCUUCUCCUUGGAAAAUUUGCCAUACAUUGUAUGCAGUUCAACAAUAGCCUUUAUCAGUGGGGCUGCCAUGAUGUUUCUUAUAAUGAGAAGACUCGGCAGUAACAAGUUAACCAUCUAGUCUUCACCGAUAACAAAAUCUAUGACGGAUACACCUGACACCACACAGUUCACAGACAGGCACGAGGCACUGUGACAGAGCGACUCCUUACCUCUCUGUCAUGUGUCAAAUCAGCAGAUUUUUGUUUAAAAGAUGCCACAGUUACAUAUGUCACAUUUGUCAUAUUAUCAGUUAAUCAGACUUUUUCUUGGCGUUAAUUUAGAUAUAACUUCACAAUGAUUGAAAUCCCAUAACAGUUAAUUUACUGGGGUUUUAGUUUUCCCAUAACUCGGGCCGUAACUACGAAACCACAUUUGUGGUUUAAAAGUUUUGUGAACUCUGUGCAGCUGCAGUUAAAGAUAAUUUUCAAGGUAGAAUGUGUAAGAGUUGAUGUAAACUAUAUUUUGUUUGUACUGAAGUCAUUUUCCUAUGAAAACUUUAUGCAGAAUGCUGUAAUAUAUCAAAUUACAUUUCGGAAGAAACUCAGUUCAGCCAGCCACAGAUUUUAAUGAUGAGUCAAAGUAACUCACCACAUUUCAUUUUAAUUUACCCACUUAUGUAGAUCAGUAAUCCUAUCCCCCAUCCAAGCUGUUCAAAACAUGUAUAAUAAUGAACUUUUUAUUUGUUGGUUUGAUCAUAUUGUGAUGAUUUUGCACAAAAGAUGUGCUUGAGGAAUUUUCGAAACCUUUUUUUUUUUUCUGUUGUAAGUUUUUACUGAUUUUUAAUUUGAAAUUGCAUAAAUAUUACUGUCUAAUAAUUUUUCUAUUGAAAUGUGCAAAUUAUAUAUACUUUGUACUUUCAAAGAAAAUUGUUUAAACCAACAAAAGAGCACAUACAGUGUUUUAGAGAUUUCAUUCGGAUUUUUUCUCCAGCAUAUUUCUGAAUGAAUUAGGUGUAUGAAUUUUUUUGACAAUUUUGUAAAUGUAUUUUGUCCAAUAACUUUUUACUAUGGAACAUAUUGAAUCUUGCCCCCCCCCCCCCCCCCCCCCCCCCCCCCCCCCCGUUAGUAUUUAAUGUACUUUCAAAAACCUACUAUGUACAUGUAAGUUGAAAUCUGUGGAUGUGUACAAUACAGUAACUUGAUGUGGAGUUACAUGUUUAAUGUGAAAUAUUUAUUGUUUUAUUUAUUGUAUUUUCAAGAAAGUUGUCUCAAACUUUGGGAUUCACCCCACACCAAGAGGGAAUCUGGUCCACAGAAUGUGCAUUGUAGUGCUAUCAUUGCAUAAUAGUUAGCUCUUUCAUUUUCUUGAGAUUCUGAGACCAUCUUGAAAUAUUUUAUUGAUGUACGUGCUUCUUUCUUAUCUGCCACUUGUAAGUCCAUGUAUACACACGUCAUGUUUAUAUUCAUUUAUGUAGAUUAUUAAACUAAGUUGUAGCCAAUUAGAAUGCAGGGUUUGAAGAAGAAAAAACACGAUAGAUUGGUGAUCAGUGACACGUUAUAUUGAAAUAUUCACUGUGACAUUACAUGUUUUCUCAGUAGUAACACUAGGUUGUUUCAAUGUAUUUUAUUUCUGGAUAAAGGCAAUGACCUUUGAACUAAAGUCAUGGAAACCUGUAUAUUACAGAAUAGGAAUGUAACGUUGGUUCUGAUAAUGCCUCCAUGAAAUAAACAACCUAGAUAUGUAUUCCACACUUUAAAUACAGAAUUGCACAUGUCACCAAUGAAUUGAAGUGAUCUUUUCAUUGUGAGUAGUGAAAAAAAGUUUGAAAAAGUAAUAUCAUAAUAUUGAUUAGUUUAUUUUGAUUGAAUUUAUGCUAGGAACUGCAGUGGAAUCAUGAAGGCAGAGUUUAUUUCGAUAAAUAAUAAUAUAGUUCCCCCUCCCCCCCCCCCCCCCAAAAAAAAAAACUUCAGUGGUCCUAUACUCUGCUUUACUGUCAUAUUUGGGCACAACUUAAUGGUUUGUUGUUUUUUUUCAUGUAGAAUUAUUUCAAUUUUAUGUGGUAUCACCCACUUUUUUGUGCUUCACUGUGUGUCAGAAAAUUACCUUUCUCUGCAUUUUGUGAUUUUUUUUUACUGAAUGUAGUGAUAGGUGCUUACUUUGAAUACUGUGACCAAAAGAAAAAAGUAUUAAUUUCCUCUCUAUCGACUUACAGCUUAAAUUAGUGCUAAUUUUUCUUUCUUUGUAUUAUGUUUUUGAUGCUUCAAAAUCUCAUUGUCACCCAAAACCCCCAAACAAAUGUGAUGUAUAAGGCUAAGAUUGUAACCCGAGUGCAUUCAGUUACUAUUACAGCACAUUUCUUAUGUGGUUGAGUUAUUGUAAUAAGUAUAUGUGUCGAUACUUUAUAGCAUUAUAUGUGUACAUAACAUGUAUAUAUAGUAUUCAAUAUUAUAAACGUAAUUGCUCUAAUUUCUACGCACAAUUCAUUUUCUCCAAGUAGUGUAGAUGUGCAAGAUAUUGCUUCUGAUCUUUGCAUAGAAAAUGGAUUAUAACUUCUCUGCCUACUGAUAAGCAGGGCAAAUUUGUAUAGAGCUCUUUUCAUCAUAAGUCAUGUAAAAUGGACAAUUUUCUCAGAGUUCUGGAAAAUUUUUAAGUCAAAAUGUAUCUUUUUAAGAAGAAAAAAAAUGCAGAACUUAUGAGCCAAACUUGUUUGGAUAUAAGUUAUUGCCCUUGUUGGUUGCAAUAAUUCAGAUUUCUUGCCAUAAUUUUCCAGUGGGUAUAAAAUCUUAAAACUUGUAUCAUAUAAUGUAAUCAUAUUGGAAUGAGUUUGCUCCAACUGUUCAUGACAAAAUUCAUGUAGAGAAACAGCAUAUAUCAGCAUUGUAGAAAUCAGAAAUCGUUAGAGGACAUUGUAAAAGUUUGACGAUUUUUCUCGUAUGAUAAGGAUUGAAUGUUGAAUUGUUUUGAGAAGUGUUUUGUGCAGUAUAUAUCAGUACUGUGAGAAUUGUUGGAACAGCAUCAUAUUAUACAUGUACCUCUGUACAAUUUAUCUUAGACAAGUAGUCUCCCUUACAUAUGGUUACAAAUUGUGAUUGAUCUCUUAUUGUACAGUGAUUGUAAUUCUGCUGUUUACUCUAAUUUGUGUGCAUACAGUUUGAUUAUAAAGUUGUGCAACUUUUUAAAUGGCAGAACAUAUCUUUUAAAUGGCAAAACCUUAGUUUUUUAGAAAUGGAAGUACAUGUCCCAAGUUUUGAAUUUUUCAUAGGUACAGAUUGGGGUGGGGGUGGGGAGAUAAAGUUUAAUAAGAACGUACUAUUAGGAUGAAAUUGGUAGCCAAAUGCUGGAAGUUUACAGUUCAUCUUGCACUUGGACCACUGACAUUAAGACAUUCCAGUGUGUUUAUUUGUAGACAAGGCAGAUUUCUAAUGAAUGUUUUAUUAUCAACUCUAAUAGUAAAAAGCAUCAUUGGUUUUCUACUGGUCAUUAAAUCCUUGUGUUAUCAAAAUAUCCUGCCUUGUAGGUCAAAAGCUAGAUCCAAACCUGGCUUUUUUUCACAAAAUUCUUCAUACAUAUUUCAAUGCCAUCUCCAAAAUAUUCCUUUUUAAUUAUGACAAUUUUACAAAUUAUUUCCUAGUCACUUGUUUAAUCAAAAUUAAUUGUUCUCUUUUUUCAGCCACACUGUAAAUGUGAAAUGACCAUUAUAAUGUUGUAUUCUCAGUUCAUGUCCAGCAUAUCAUUACAUGUUCAUGUACUGUUUGGGUUUCUAUGUGAAGAGGGAUGACAUCACAUGCUGAUCAUACCUGUAUACCAUACAAUUAUGCAUGUAUAUAAAUGUUUACAGUAUGCUUUUUCCUGGUUUACAAGGUUGUCAUUACUCGACGAGUGUAACAACGAAAGUACAAUUCGGAACAACAAAAAAACUGCAUCAGGUGUAGAAUUAUUAUUUUAUAAGUUUUAGUAGAACUCGAGGUUUGGUCAACUAAACAUGAUUUUGAAUAUGCACACAAGAAAAAGAAGCUCAAAUUUGACAUCUGCUUUUAAUUUAUUGUCAAUAUUUACCUGCUUUUCAGAGUAUGAUUUUGUUUUUGAUCUUUGCAAGAUAAGACACAGAUCAUGUUCAGUAUUUAGUGCAAUUACAUUAAAAUGGAUUUGGUGUUUUC